AUGUCGGUGACAGAUUUGACUGAGCAGCUGACGAGUACUGAACAGCUAGUAACACAGCUGAAGGAGCUCGUCAGGGAGAAGGAUGCUGAGCUUCGAAAUAAAGAUCUUCAGUUAAAGGAAGAGAAGGAAUCUGCUGAUGCCAAACUUUCCAAGUUGAAGCUGCAGAACAAAGCCAAGGUUGCGUCGUUAACCUCACAACUGGAAGAACUUAAGAAACAGUUAUCAGUAUCAGGAGGCUUAGAGGCAAAAACAGAACAAAAAAAGGCAUCCAAAGAUGGUGACCAGGAAAAUGCUGCGGCAAAUCGUGGGAAAAUAUUAGUACUGAGAAGGAGAAUUGAAGAACUAGAAACCCAGAUCACACAAAAAAAUGAAGAGCUGCAAAAAAAGAGUGUUGAACUGGAGGCCCAGCGCUGUCGUGGGGCUGAGAUGGAUGCCAUGCUGGCAGAGAAGGAAAAGAAGUUAGCUGAAAGAGAUGCUUAUAUCAUCGAUUUACAGAUGGCAUGUGGAUCGAGUGGUGUUGCCAAUGAAGUACUCUUGCCCAAUGAAGAACUGAAGAAUCAACUGGCUGAUAAAGAGUCAUCACUACAGAGCAUGCAGAUUCUAGUUCAGAACCUUACCAAGAAGGUUGGAGAAAGUGAAGAAAAAUGUAGCUUGUUCCAGGAACAGAUUGAGAGUCUUAAAAAUAUUCAGAACAAAGAAAGAGAGCAUUUCCAAGGAAAAGAAGCUACAUAUAUGGAAAAUCUACGCGUGUUUCAAAAUAUUAUCCAGGAAAAGGAUAAGGAACUAGAAGCACAGAGAGAAAAGCAUGAGCAGGAGCUCUUUAAAUUAGCUGCUAAGUCUGAUGCAAGUGCUGACCUGGAACAGCUACUAAAGGCCUUGAAACAGAAGCUCCAUGAAAAGGAAGAAGUCAUGCUGGGAAGGACACAGGUGAUAGAUGUCUUGCAAAAAGAAUUGGAUGCCAAGGACCAACAACUGAAAGAGAUCAAUGAAAACCUGAAGCGUCUUCUGUCCGAAAAAGAAAACCUCCAGUCUAAACUGGAUGCUGAGAAACAUGUAAUGAGAGCCCAGUUGAGAGACAUGAUGGAGAAACAUGAGCUUGAAAUGACAAAAGUUAAGGAGAAACAUAAUGCUGAACUGCAUGAAAUUCAGGAGAAACAUGAAACUGAGCUGCAAGAAAAGGAUCAGGCCCUGUUUCAGCUUAAGAAACAAGUGGCAGAAUUAAGUGGUAGUGGACAGACUAACUCCAAAGAAGUGGGAGAUCUAGAGUCUAAAACCAAAGAGCAGAUGGAAGAUUUAGAAGUACAAUUGAAAUUGAAAACAGAAGAAUUUUCAUCAAAGAAUAAUGAUGUGUCUGCCUUAAAUAAUCGUAUCUCAGAAUUGGAAACUGAAAAUGAAGAACUACAGACAAAACUGCAAUCGUUAUAUGAGAUCAAAACUCAAAAUGAAGAAUUGCUGACUAAGCUGGAAGUCUACGAAGAGCAGCAAAGGAAAUUGCAAGCUGAUCUUGACCAAGUUACAAAAAGGGCAGCUUCCCAGGCCAGUGAAUCAGGUAGUGUGGAUGAAUUGCAGAGUCAGCUCUUGGAAUGGCAGGAAAGUGUACCAGAGUCAGAGGAGUCCCGCGAUCAAGUCAGAGAAGAGAAAUCUGCCAUGGCCUUGAGAAUGGCUCAGAUUGAGGAGGAGAGAGAAGCCAUGGUCUCAGGGCAACAGGAGCUGGAGGAGGAACUGACCACAGGUCAAGGAGUGGGCAGGCUGCAGCAGGCAAGAAGAAAAGUCAAUCAGACCAGCAGGAAGCUUCAGGAAGAAUACAACUUUGAUGGAAAACAAUGCUUUCAAGAAUUGAACAUCACCUCGGAUAGCACUGAUUCAGCUGAAGGAGAAAACAUGGGAGGUUUACGGAGUGUGGUUGAAGAGUUGGAAUUGGAAAGAAAUCAGCUGCAGGAACAAAUUCUUUUUCUAGAAGACCGUUGUCAGGAUUUGGAAGAUAGAGUGCAGCUUCAAGGUAGAAUGGAGGCUCUUCAGAAUGAAAAUGAACGUUUGCAAACUCAACUCACCCAGUUACGCAACCAACAAACACGAGAUGCAGAAAAACAUCAAAUUUUGAUCUCUAGCUUGAAUGAGCAGCUUAAAGGAUUAAGUGACAGAAAUAGCUUCCUUGAAACUUCACUUGCAGAAAAAGAACAAAAACUGUUGAGCAUGACAAAAAAACUAGAGCAAAUUGAAACUUUGAGGAAACUGCUUCAAGAAAAGGAUCUUCUGAACAAAGAGCUUGGUGAAAAGUUUGUGCAUACUGAGCAAAAACUGAACGAAGCCUUAAAGAAAUGCAGUGUGUAUGAAGUGGAGAACACCGAGCAGAAAACAGUCAUCAGCGAUCUAACAGAAAAAGUUGCUACACUGAAGGAAAAGACUUUGAAACAAGAUGGUGUGGUGGAGUCGAUGCAGCUGGAUCUGGACCAGACGAAUGAAGAGCUUGACAAACUGAAUACAAGCCAUUUAGAGGAAAGAUCUCAACUUAUUCAAGAUCUCCAGAAAUGUGAAAGAGAAAUUGACAAUCUUAAAGAAGCACUGGCAGAAAAAGACAGGGAGAUGUCUGUCCUGUCUGUGAAUAUGACGGAAUAUUCUGAACAGGUUAUCAUUCUGAAGCGUCAAGUGCAAUGCAAAGAGGAAGAAAUACGAGGGAUGGAAGAAGCUUUAGCAAAGGCUGAAAGGGAAACUCAUUUACUGAAAGAAGUACAAACAGCUGAUGUAAGAGAUGCAAGUGUGAAGAUAUCUGUCCUUUCUGAGCAAAGUAAUGCUAUGAGACUAGAGCUAGAAAGACUUAGAGGGGAGAAUGAAACUAAAACCAAAGAAAAUGAGGAAUUAAUAAGACAAAGCACUGAGAACAGCAUUACAAUUAAGGAUCUCCGUUCUGAAAUUAAAGCCAACAGUGUCGCAUACCAUAACAAACUUGCGGAGUGUGAGUCACAAAUUAAUUUGCUGAAAGAGCAAAUUAGUAAAUCAUCUGAAAAGCUACAAGAAACGGAGGAUAAAUGGAGAAAAGAAACAGAAUAUUUGAAAUCUCAGCUUGAGGAAAACAAUACUCUAAAGGAAAAAUGGGACAAUUUGCUUAAAGAGAAAGGGAGUAAAGCACAGACACUUGAAAAUGAGUUAAAAUCAGUUAAAGAUUCAUACAACAAGCUGGUUUUGGAAAAUGCUAGAAAAGAUGAAGAGUUGGCUGAGUUAUCUAGGAAGCUUGUAGAACAUACUGAAGAUCAGGAAACAAUUAAAAAAGAAUUACAAGAGAAACAAGAGUUCAUUAUUUCAUUAGAGCAGAAGCUUGGGGUUUUGGAGCAGCAGAAUGAAGAGACUAAACUUAAAUUAACUGGAGAUCUGAAAGCCAAAGAGACAUGUUGCAAAGAACUUAGUAACCAAUUAAAUGAAAUACAUAAGCAAAUUAACAAGAUGGAAAUGGAGAUACAGGAGAAGGCUUCAGCUAAUAAGCAAUUGCAGGCAGAUCUCGAAGGGCAAGAAGAAAAAUUGCUGAAGGAUUCUAGAGACAAAGAAAUAAAGAAAGAAGAAAUGUUAAAUAAUAGGUUGUCUGAAUGCAGUACCCUAAACCAAGAACUCAGCCAUAGUAAGGAAAAGAAUUUACUACUGCAGGAACAAAUUCAAAGCAUAACUUUGGAUUUUGAAGCUGCAAACAGGUCUCUAGAAGAGAAAAUCCUUCAAAAUGAUUCAUUACGUAAGGCAGUGGAAGAAAGUAAGUUUUGUGUUGCAGAGUUGCAGGAUGAAAUUAAAAAUCUUAAAGAUGAAAAAACAAAGUUAUCUCAGUUGGUAGAGGAAAGAGACCUGACUGUAAAAAGUCAGGGUUCAGAGCUUGAGAAGUUUCAUAGGCAAGUUUCUGAAAAAAUGGAAGAAAGUACAGUGUUAAAUAAUCAGCUACAGCUAUUAAGCAAAGAAGUGGAUGUGCUUAAGCAUGAAAAGGAGGACUUUUCAAACUUAUUGAGUGAGAAGUCACGUGAGUGUGAAAUUCUUCAGUCACAGCUGAUACAGCAUCAGUCUGAAAUUACUUCGGUACGGCAACAAGCACAUACAGCAGCUCUAGAAAAUGAAAAAUUGAAAGUAGACAUUGAAACAGUUAAUGUUAUGUUAAUGAAAAAGUCAGACGAAGUAGCUGCUUUAACUUCACACUCGUCCCAACAAAGUCAUAAUAUUUUAGCGCUGAAGGACCAAAUUGAUGGCCUCUUGAUUGAAAAAGAAAACUUAAAACUUGCUGUUGAAGGAAAAGAAACUGUCCUUUCUGAAAAGGAGGCUUUGAUUCAGCAAAUGAAAGAUAGUAAAGUGGCAGGAGAAGGACAAUAUAUGCAAAUCAUUGCAGAUCUGCAAAACCAAAUACAAACGCUAGGUUUGGAAACCAGCCAGCUGAGACAAGCAAUGCAUGAAAAAGAAAAUGAAUGUAAGAAGCAAUCCCAAGAAUUACAGUUAUUAAAAGAUAAAUCUGAAGAGUCUGAUGUACUUAGGGUUCAACUGUCUGAGAAUAUGGAGGUUAUUUCUGACCUUCAGUGUCAGCUUAGAAAUGUGACAGAGAAGUCAUCCCAGUUGAAUGAAUCAAUUGUACAGAAGGAUGAAUUAUUAAAACAAAAGUUAGAUGAAUACAUCAGUUUAAAAGCACAGCUUUCAGAGGUACAGGAAUCUUCAGUUUUGCAGCAGAAACAAUUGGAGCUUUUAACGUCUGAAGCAGAACAAUUAAAAGGACUUAUUUCAGAAAAAGAAUUAACCAUCAACAAUAUUUCGCUGUCUAGUGAGAAACUAAAGACGCAACUUCAAGAGAAAGAGAAUGAAUGUGAGGUCUUAAAGAAACAGGUGGUACAGCUGGAGGAAGUGAAAGUGCAUUUAGAAAAAGAAAUGCAACAUCGGAAGAAUGUAAUAAUUGAAAUGGAGCAGUCCCUAUCAGAAAAGGAGUCAUCUCUUACAGAAAAUGAAAGUCUCCUCAAAACUCUGAAGGAGAAAGCAAAGAAAGAUGAAGAGAAGACAAAUUUAAUUUCUCAGCUCAGAAGUGAGGUCCAUGAACUAACACAAGAACUGCAGAAAUCUAAAGAACUAGUCCAUGAGAGAGAAAAUGCCUUUUUAUCUCUUCAGGAGAAAAUUGAAGCACAGUAUGAACUAAGAACUGAGUUGAAUGCAGUUCUUGGGAAAAAAGAAGAAGUUAUUGCUGAACUGCAUAGUCCUUUAAAGGGGAAGGAUACCAGCGUGCAAUUGGCAGAUAGCAACGUUCAUGUUCUUUCUAGUGAGACUGAGGUUCUCAGAGAAAAAUUAGAGAAAAGUAGUACAGCCAUGAAAAACCUGACUAAGGAAUUUCAGGAAAAGAAUGAGAAGCUUGACAUUAAUCAGAAGAAAAUUGAUUCUUUGACAGUUGAACUUGACUCUCUUAAAAAUGAACACGAAAAGGCACUGGACCAAAUAAGUACAUGGGAAGAAGAGCUACAGCAGAAAGAAUUGGCGGUGGAGUCUCUGCGUGUGAAGUGCGCUGAACAGGCAGACAGCGUAGCGCGUUUGAAGUUAGAGUUGAACAAUGUGAUCUCCAAAUCAUCUCAAGACUGCCGUGACAAUGCACAUUUAAUAGGUAAUCUGCGGUGCCAAGUGGAGUCUUUAGAGAAAGAAAAAAAUCGGUUGCAAGAAGAUGCUGCUAAACUGAUGACUGAAAACACACAACUUACUACAUCUCAAAAUCGUUUGCAAAAUGAAUUGGAAGAGCUCCGAGAAAUCAAUGAAAAACUAGAAACCAGUGAGAAUUAUUCAAGAAUGCAGAUAGAUGCUGUCAAGCUGGAGAUGAAGACUGAAAAAGAGAAGUUACAGAUGCAGGUUAGUGUAAAGGGUGAAGAACUUUCUAAAUUAGAGCUUAAAUGUGAAACUCUAGAACAAAGUCUGCUUGAGUCAGAAAACAAAUGGGUGACAGAACUUGAUAGGGCAACUUCACAAACUAAUAAUCUUACUGAGCAAUUGAGCAGUUUAGAAAAUGAAAUUAAAUCAAAGGAUAGCAAAAUCCAGUCUUUGCAGCAAGAGCUGGAUCUUAUAAAAGAGGAAUUAACUCAAAGCUUGUCUCAAUUACUUAGUAGUAGGCUUUUAUGUAAAGAAAAGAAAGCAGAGACUUCAGAUUCUGAACUGCAGCUAAUGGGUAGUAAAAUUCAGCUGGAAAAAUUCUCCACUCUGAAGGAGUUGCUGCAGAACGAUAUUGAAAAGAUGGAGGGCAAAUACAAAUCUGAAAUCGAAUGUCUGUCAAAAGAAAUGGUCACAGUCAAGGAAACGUUAUGUAAACAACAGUCUCUCUUGCAAGAAAGGGAAGAGUCUUUUGCAGAAAUAAAUAAGCAAGUUGAAUUUCUUCAAGACAAGCUAAAUAAAUCAGAACAAAUAGUAAGAACCAGACAAGAAAAACUGCACAUUGAAGGUAAAAAAGUAGCAAGUCUCCUUGAAGAAAUGGGAAAAAAAGAUCAACUCAUUGAAAACUUAACUUCUCAGGUGAAUCAGCAGAAGGAUUUAAUUUCUGGUCUUAGCCAGCAACUGAAAGAAAAGGACUGUUCUGUUACCCAGAUCAUGGAAUCACUGUCUAAUGAAAUGCUGAAUUUUUCUGAAGAGAGAAAUACGUUAAAUACCAAACUGCACAACCUUGAAGCUGUUCAUAGUAGUUCUGUAGGAGAGCUAAACCGAGUAUUGCAGGAACUUGAGGACUGUAAGAAAGAACUGGAACAUAGCCAGGUUACGUUGAGCAGUAGAGAAGCUGUGUUUAAAGAUUUAAUGAAUGAAAAAGAGGAGAUGCAUUUUAAUCUUGAGAAAAUGGGCAAGGAAAAAGAGAAUCUGAAAAAGAAACUUCAAGCAGCAUUGAUAAUAAGAAGAGAUCUCAUGCAAAAAGUUGGAAAACUAGAAAAGACUGGACAGGAAGAAAUAGAAAAAGAGCAAAAAAAAGCAGAGGAGCUGCUGAAGAGAGUUAAUGAGUUAACAGACAAGCUGAAACUAGCUGAAGUACAAAAUAAAGAUUUUGAAUCUCAUCUUGGAACUUUGAAGCAACAACUUUUAGAAAAAGAUGCCAAAAUAAGUGAUUUGACUGACAUUUUGUCUUCAAAAUCUUCUUAUAUAGAGAAACUUCAGGACAAUAUUGCAGAACUAAAUGAUGUCAUUGCUGAAAAACAAAAUCUAUGUGAGCAGAACCUAAAAUCUUUAGAGGAAAAGGACGACAUGCUUGCUCGUAUGCAAUCUAUGCUUGAUGAAAAAGCAAGCGCAUGUGAAGAGGAACGUUCUCAGCUGCUCUUAUCUCUUGAAAAGCUGAAGUCUGAAGUUAUGAAGAAGGAAGAAUUGUUGAAAAAUUCCAGUUCAGAAGAGCCUGGUUUAAGUGCUGGGGACAGGAAGAAGUGUCUGGACCCUAACGAUGCCAUUAAUGUCAUGAAUCAAUUAACAAAAGAAAAAGAAGCCUUAGAGAGGGAGCUUUUGGACAGGAAAGAAGAUAUGAAAAAAAUUCAGAAAGAAAGGGAAGAGCACACUAAACUUGCAGCAGAUUUUGAGGAACAAAAAAUCCAUCUUGAGCAACUCAAACAAGAGCAUAAAGGACUCUGGGAAGUUCUUCAAACAAAGUUGCUGGGAGAAGCAGCAGCUGACCCAAGGAAUGUGGAACUGGACAAACUAAGCAGCAAGGUUCAGGUUGGAUCUUUAGAAGAGUCAGAAAACAUGAUCGCUUCAGUGGCAAGUAAAGAUGCUGAGUUAAAAGAACUAAGAAGUAAUUAUGCAAGACUUCAGGAGGAAACAGAAAUGUUAAAGAAAGAGUUGAGAAAAAUAUCAGUUGAAUUUGGUGAUGAAGGAGAAGAAACAAGCAGCUUAAACUAUCUGAGACAACAGGAGCAGGACCAGGAGCAAUGUAAGGACGGCUCGUUGGAGGACAUAAAGCAGCUACAGAAAAAGCUGAAAGCAUUUGAGGCUGAAGCUAGAGACAUUAAGACAGCUCUUGAACUUGUGAAUAAAGAGAAAGAAACACUUAUUAAAAAAAGUGAAGAGGAUUACAAGAUGAGCCAGGAAGAACUGCAGAGAUUGAGAACUGAAGGUAAGAAGGAGGUUGCAGAAAAGAAUGAGGAAAUAGAAGCAUUGCGUUGUUCACUUACGGAUUUCAAAGAUAAAUUUGAUCUGGAAAAGGAACUAUUAAACAAAGCUGUAAAGGAGGGCCAAGAAGAAGCCCACCAUUACAAAACAGCAUUUGAAGAAAUGAAGAGUGAAAAAGAGAAACUUCUCAGUUCCUUAGAAAAGUCUAAUUUGGAACUAAUGGAUAUGAAAAAGGAGGUAAAACACUUCAGUGAAGAAAACAAAAAGCUUGUGACAGAGCUAUGUAUGCUACGUGAGAAGGCUGAGAUGAGUGGACCUGUGGUGUCGUGCAGAGAGCUUACGGAAGAAAAUGGUACUGAAAAAGGACUGGGAGAGUUUUGUUCAGAAAGUAAUUCCCUUCAAGGACAGUUCCAAGAUCAAGGCACUUGUCUUCAACCAUUGGAGGCUGAUUACUCUGGGAAAACUAAACUGAGAGAAGCAACAGAAUGUCAAAUGCAGAAACAAAUGAAAAUGGUGGAAGAGCCACUGGUAAAAACUGCAAAUGUAAAUGAUUCUAAAACACAAGAGCAAAGAACUAUAGCAGAGGAGAAGUCCAGAGAGCGCCUUCAGAGAAAAUUACAGGCAGCUUUAAUAUCACGCAAAGAAGCCCUGAGGGAAAAUAAAUGUCUAAAAGACCAGAUUGAUAAGCUGGUGUUGGAAAGAGAAGAACUGGUGAACAAGACAGGUGUGCUUGAACACUUGUUAGAGCUUGGUAGAGAAAAACAAAGUUCAAAUACUGUUUCUCUGUUGUCUGAAGAGGAGAACCUUGUUUCUGAAAAUGCGAGACUGUUGACUGAAAAUGAAAACCUCACUGCAGCAUGUGAAAGUCUUAAAUCCACCAUGGAGACGAUAGUUCAGGAAAAAGAGGCCUUUUCUUUCCAACUAAAUACCUUAAAAGAUUCUCAGACAGUUGAAUUAACAGGAUGGAAAGCUAAACAUAGUGAAUUAAAGCAGGAGUAUGAAUCACUUCUUCAGGCUUAUGAGAAUAUCUCUAGUAAAAUAGCAGAUAUGAGGCAAGUUAUUGAUCUCACUAGAAAAGAGAAGCAAGAGGCUAUCCAAAGGCUCAGGGAAGGAGAAUCUGAGAAGGAGGCUCUUGAGAAGCGUUUACAAAAAUGUAUCGAUGAAAACGAGGUUAUUAAGAAUCAACUGAAACAACUGAGUGAAUCCAAGAAAAUGGAAGUUGAUGAAUUACAAAGGAAGGCAGAAAGGCAGAUCCAUGAGCAAGAGGUAAGGAUGCAAGAACACCAGACUCGUCUUCAUGAACUCACUGAUCAGAAUCAUCAGCUCAUGGAGGAGAAUGAGCAGCUAAAACAAACUUCUGAAAAUUUAAAGCAGGCUUUAGAGAAAAUUCAGAAUGAAAAUGAUAUCCUUCAUAAUAACAUCAGUGUAACUAAAGCAGCUUUGGGAGAGCUCCAAGGUCAAAUGGAAGUGUACCAAAAUGAUACACAAUCUAAAAUCAAUGAUGCGUUACUCGAGAACGAGUCAUUGUUAAAGGACAUUAAUGUGUUAAAGGAUAAACUCGCUGAAAAAGAACAAAAUCUGGACAUGGAGUAUAAAAGUCUGACACAAGAAAUUGUUAGUCUAAAUGAAAAAGUUAAGAUUUUAGAGGAUGAUAAAUGUCUGUUACAGGAAGAAUUGGAAAAUGUACAAGAAAGUUCUUACAAAGUAAAGAAUGAGAGAGAAUUUCUUGAGACGGAAUUGCUUAAUCAUGUUAAAAAGGUUGAUCAUCUUACUGAUAGACUGAAAUCAGCACAGGUACAGAACAACUUGCUGUUACAGCAACUGGAAGAAUUAAAGGCAGAAAAAUGUAAUGUGAUUAGAGAAAAAGAAGAACAGCAGUUACACCUUGUAAAAGUGUUUGAGGAGAAGGUGAAAAGUGCUCAGAGGGAUAAUAAUGGAAGUAAAAACAAAACAAAAGAAUUGCAAGAACUCCUAAAGGAGAAACAGCAGGAGAUCAACCAUUUGCAAAAGGAUUCUAUCAAGUUUCAGGAGCUGAUCCUGGAUUUGGAAAGGUCUGUGAAACUGUCACAGUCGAAAAGUGAAAAAUUUGAAAAGGACUUAAGUAACACAUCAGAAAAACUCGUGAAGUCAAAUGAAGAAAUAUGUUAUCUCAAAGGAAAGCUUUCUUCACAGAUGAACUUGUUGCGUGAGUCAAAGAAUGAAGUGGACAGGCUCAAAGAUGAGAUUCUAAAUUGGAGAAAAGAACUUAAGAAGAAAGAAGACGAACUACAAAUUCAAAAGAAAGAAUACGAGAGAGAAUUGGAAUUUAACCUUCAACAACUGAAAUCCGUUCACAAAAGAGAAUUUUUGAACCUAGAGGAAAGACACAGCGCCCUCGAGAGAGAAAAAGAGCGGGCAGUUAGUGAGAUUCGUGGUUUGCAAGAGGAAGUUAGCAUUAAGGACUCUGAAAACAAGAAACUCCAGGCAGAUUUGAAUGCAGCUUUGGCACGAUUAGCUGCUUUUACAAAGUGCAUGUCCUCUCUUCAGGAUGACCGGGACAGGGUCAUCACUGAAAUGAAAACCUGGGAAAUGCAGUUCAAAGAGGCCAUCCAAAGUAAAGAGAAACAGCUAGAAGACAGUAAUAAAAGAAUAAUGGCUUUACAAAAUGAAUUGAAAGACAAAAUAACUCAGAUUCAAGAAUUGAAUAUCAAAUAUUCUGUGGUAGAGGAAACAAAAGAUGAACUAUACUCGAGGCAAAAAUCUGUUGAUACACAAUGCUAUGAAGAGCUCUGCAGAAUAAAGGAAGAAAAUCUGGUGUUUUUUAACAGGCAGCAAGAGUUGGAGAGUGUUCUUCAGUCAAAAGAAGCGGCCUUGCAAGCACUCCUUAAAGAAAAUAAUUCUCUUAAUCAUCUCGUAGAGAGUAGUAAAAGUGCAGGAAGAGAGCUAAAAGUUCUGGAAAGGAAUUUUAGAAGACAAGAACAAGAAUUACAACAGCUUCUAGCUGAGAAGGAAAAAAUUAAUGCUGAAUUGCAAAAGCAGAUUAGCAUUUCUGAGCAGAUGAAGAUCAUGCUAAAUAAUAAAGACAAAGAAAUUUCCUUACUCAUUUCUGCAAAAGGUGAUGAAAUUUCCGACUAUCUGGUGCAGGUACAGACUCAACAUAGAAAACAAAUGGAAGAGUAUGAACUUCAGGUGAGGUCUUUGCAGAUAGAGAGGCAACAAUCCGAGGAGUCCUGUCAGAGGAUGGAAAAUGAAUUAAGAAAUCUCCAGGUGAAAGCAGACAAAGCAGGUCAAGAUAAGGCUGCAAUUGCUAGUGAAAUAGAUACCUUUAAAAAAUCAAUGUCAUCCCUUCAGAAUGACCGGGAUGAUCUUUUUUCUAAAUACAAAGAGCUGGAGCGUCUUCACCAAGAUGUCUUAAAUGAGCGGGAUAGUCUUCUAGUUGGCAAUGCAAGUGAGAAGAAUGCUUUGAAACAAGAGUUAAGGACGCUUCUCAAUCAGAUCGAUGAUCUGCAUUCUGAAAAUGCAAUGCUGAGUGCACAGCUGAUAAAAGAGAAACUUGUUUCUGAAUCUGGAGAGAACCUGCUAACUAGUGAUCAGAAAAAAGAAUGUGUAUCAAAUGGACAAUAUGGAGAAAAAUUUCAAAAGAAGAUUCAAGAACUCCAGAAAUCAAGAGGCAGAAAUACCAAGGAUGCAGAUGAGGAAUACAGUAAGACUCUUUUGACACUUGAACAUGGAGGUGAACUUGAUGCUUUUGCAGAGAAGAUGAUACUUGAAAUUCAGUCUCAAAACAGUGAGCUGAGGUCCCAAAACGAGGCCUUCGGGAAAGCAAUGACUGCCCUACAGAACGAUAGAGAUAGGAUCAUAGAGGACUUGAAGGUACUUCAGAGCAAAUAUACGUCUGAACUCAAGACUGAAAAAAAGAGAGGAGAUGAACUUGAGGCUGAACUGGAUGGCUUUAAAUUGCAUCUUAUCAGUAUGCUCAAAGAAAAUUCUCUUCUGAAUCGGGUUACUUUUGAUGCUGCAGAUAAGGUGACGCUUGAUCAGAUUGCUGAUGCAAUUGAAAGUCUCUGUAGGACCUUGGUUAGUCGUGAGCUGGAGAUUAGCAGGCUCUCAUCUGAGUGUGGGAGUUAUGUGCACCAGAUUGAAGCGUUUUCCAAGGCUAUGGCCAGUCUUCAGGAUGACCGAGACAAAUUGCUGCAGGAACUCAGCCAUCAGAAGGCUAAGGAAGGAGCCAGCCUUGCAGCUGUUGAAAUAUCAAAACUGAAGACCAAGGUUGAUGAUUUGGAGAAAGCAUUGCAUCAGACAAAAGCCUUCCAAGCCGAAACCGAGAGAGAGAUCGUGUCCUACCAGAAUGAGCUUGCUGGAUUAAGAAUGGAAAACAACCUCCUCCUCUCAGAGUCCCAGGCACUGCGAAAUCAAUGUCAAAUCACAGUUGCUGAGAAAGACCGACAGAUUGCAGAACUACAGAAGCUGCAACAAGACAUGAUUAUUACGAAGUCUGUCUCUGCUGGCGGCAAUUACCCAGCCAAGGGUUUAGAAACUGCCUCCCUCGCUGGAAGUGCAGACAUGCCAGAGGACAUCAGACAUGUCUUAGCUGAGAAGAAUCGGCUUCAAAAUGAACUGCAGCGCUGUCUGGAGGAGAUAGGCCAGAGGGAUCUGCAUUUUCAGCAGAUUAAUUCAAAGGUUGUGCAGUCAGCAGAAGAGAACGCUGUCUUGUCUGCCCAGUUGAAGACUCUUUCACAGACUCUAAUGGAGAACCAGCUUCAUUACACUGACUUGCAAAAUCGUUAUUUAAGGCUGGAGAGGGAAUAUCAGACAAUGCAAGUGACAUCCUUCCAAAGCACUGUUCAGGAUGAAACUAGAGCAGAAGUUCCCCCCGGAGCGCCACAGGAAAGAUCUGCGGUUAUUGUUGAAAUAGACAAUAUGGAGCUAAAUGAACUCAGAAAAAGGCUUGCAGAGACUGAGCAACAGUACGAUUCAGUGCAGCAGGCGCUCUCACAGCUGACAGAAACGCUGUCAGAAGAGAAGAGGAGGAGAGAAGCUGCAGAAGAGGCUCUUGGACUCUCUGAGGAGCGAAUUAACAGAUUUGAAGUAAGCAGUUACGGGUCUGUACCUGGCGAAUACACUGUUCAGAUGGAAACCGAGGAGGAGAGGGAAGCCUUAAUCAUCGAUCCUAGUGAACAUGUUGUUGUGCGAAAGAUGAAAGGAGGAGCCCUUUCCUUUCGAAGAUGGCUUCGAGGGCGAAGUCUUUACUGUUCUAAGCUUCUGACCUCCAGAGCAAAAUCCCGCUAUUUGUUCCUCACAUACCUGGUUACGCUACACCUUGUUGUUUUACUGUGCCUCACUGGUGUGCUCUGAAUACGCUUCAUUUUCUGGGUAGAUGGUUUCCCGUAGGUAAUGGUGUGCCAAUUCAAGAUCAUAGACUUUUCACAUGCUGCUGUUAAGCUAUGCACUGGACACAGUUGUAUAUAUUCUUGUUACACUACGUGAAUCUUGAGCUUCUUAAAAGAAACUUGUGUAUAUCACAGUUGCUCCAAAGUUGACUUGAAUUGCUCUUUAACAGUGGAAUAUUAUAUUUGCUAAGGAGAAAAUAUUCCCCUCUGUUUGCCCUAUAAAGAAACUGCUGCAUACGAGUUAUUUAAUGUUGUUUGUGAGUACAUAAUGAUCGAUGACUACUGAAUGGAUUGUAAAUGAUAUCUUUUCUAUAUAAAUUUUAUUUUAAGAGUUAAACUAUAAAUUUUAAAGGAAUAUUCAGCUAUUACUGUUUAUUGGCUUCUUGAUUAUCACAAGAAGUUUUAUAGAGUGCAAUAAA